AUACAUCUACCGGGUUUAUCCGGUCUUUUUUCCUGAAGCCAGUUUACUUUAGAAACAGUCCUACCACAGCAAACAUUCAACAUAACUUCCUCUGCAGCCUUCAAAAGCUCCAUCUGAAGACCAACAAAGACUUCACAGCCCCCGCUAGGCAUCAGCCCUCGUCAACUUUAAGUUUAGAACCCUGGCUGUGGUGGACCGUUCGGGAGUUUGAUCUACCAGGUACAAGAUCUUGGUGGACCAGGCACGUCGUCAAAGUACAACUUAAAGAACGGAUCUGAAGGUGAGUCUUACUACAUGAUUAUGAUUCUAUGAAAAGGUUGUUUUAAAAAUGCCUGACGUGGAGAAGUCAGUCAAGAUGGCGGCCAAGAGAUGCCAUCAUCGGAUGGUUGAUGAUCAACCAAAAGAGGGCGGUUGGGGUAUCAUAGUCGUGCUGGCGGGCCACAUCAACAUGGCCCUGACGAUGGGCCUGCAGCGCUGCUGCGGGGUCUUGUACUUCAGUUGGAGGAACGAGUUCGAAACCAGCGCCCAAGAAACUGCGACCGUGCAGAGUCUGUUGUCAGCUUUCUCGUGCUUUAGUGUUUUCCUUGGGGGACUUCUGACGAAGCGGUACGGUUCCAGGAUCUCCGGAAUGGUCGGAGGGUUCCUGAUUACGACGGGGCUCUUCUGCAGCUGUUGGGUGACCGACAUAAAACAGUUGUACGUCACAGCCACAGUCAUAGGCGUUGGUCUGGGGAUUUCCUUUAACUCGAUGAUUGUCGCAGUCGCCACGCACUUCAAGACGAGGUACAAAACCGCCCAUGCGGUGGCUUACUCAGGGAUGGGGACCGGUAUCAUGGCGCUGCCGCCCUUACUGCAGCUUCUUUUGGAACACUACGGGUGGAGGGGGGCCCUUAUGAUCGUCUCUGCCAUCAUGGCGAAUAUUAUGGCGUGUGGCGCCCUCUAUCGACUCCCUGCUGAUCGGAAAUCGGGGUUGGACGGCCGCCAGAGGGAACAGCAUAUCGCAGGCGUUAGCGAAGGCGAUGAUGAUGAAUUGGGCUGGAAUGAGGCUGUUGGUAAGGAGUUGGAAGUGGAAGCCAGCCUGGGGACGUCAGAGGAUCUUUUGAAGACUUUACCUGAAUUGGAGGAUGCGAACGGAGGCAUAGAGAAAUACACUGCACUGAACGAAGGAGAGAAACUUAAUUCCAUGGCUUGUCUGUGGAAGAAAAUGUCAUCGUCAGUAGGGUUAGAUGUUUUCGUUAAGAGCUACCGCUUCACGCUGCUGUGUCUGAUGCAGACGGAAGUGAACAUGCCGUACACGGCUUUCAUCCAGUUUAUUAUCCCAAGGGCCGAGAGCACGGGCGUGGCGCCUUCUACCGCCGCCUUUCUGAUUAGCCUCUUGGGGAUCGGAGGCUUGCUGGGACGCCUGGGCAACGGGCUUCUGAUCAGCUGGAAAGUGUCGGCAGAGGGCGUCAUCACCGCGUGCUUCGCCCUGGCCAGCCUGUCGUCUCUCUUGCCCACCCUGGACGGGUAUGCGUGGCUAGCCGUAGCCUCUUUCGUCCAGGGAUUCACCAUUGGGGCUUUCCACGCGAUUCAGAUCGUGCUGAUCCGCCGGUACGUUGGUUUGUCCCGGCUGGUACUCAGCACCGGCUUGUGCCAUAUCAUCGUGGGGAUUGGAGUGCUAAGUGGACCAGUGAUUGCAGGUUGGUUGUUUGACGUCACUGCAAGCUACAAAGCAGUCUUCUAUGUAUUGACGGGAGUGUACGUCGUCUGCACGUUACAGAUGCUACUUAUACCGUUGCUGAAGCGGCUGGAGCCCGGAAUAACUGUCCAACCAUGGGAUGAGUGAACUUGUCUCGGUAGACGUAACAAAAACAGCUACGUCUAUCCACAUUACUGUUUUAGUAUUUUAGUUGUACGGUUGUACCUUUUUCGUUUUCGUUGGCGACAUUCCCCACCGCCCUUUCACAUGGUACUGGUAGGGGCUUAUCCCUUUCACAUAAUAAACCCAGUCGUGUUGUGCUAAACUUCUGAGGACACUUAUUGUUCCCUUCCUUUGUUCCUAUAUUGUUUGCACAGACGUUUUCUCCACAUUUCCCGUUAUGUUUGUACACGAAAACCUCUCGAGGACUUGGCUCGGGUCCUCGGGUUAUUGCUAUCGCAGGUGAACUACUGUCACAA